AUGGAGACACCUUCGUCCGGGACCAUCACGCCCGCGGACGUGGAAAGUGGCGUCGGUCAUAUUCGCAAAAGACUGACGGUGACAUUCAGGGGUCUCAAUGUUCGGGUCACUGCACCAGACGCCGCCCUUGGAAACACGCUUUGGUCUGAAAUUGACCCUCGUCAGCUUGCUGGCUUGUUCGGCGGUAAUAAAAGACCCAAAAGAACAAUUCUUAAGGAUAUUUCAGGACAAGUGAAGCCAGGAGAGAUGCUUCUCGUCCUUGGACGCCCUGGCUCCGGCUGCACCUCACUUCUUCGUGUACUUUCAAAUGAUCGAGAUACUUUUGAUGAGAUAAGUGGUGAAACUCGGUAUGGCAGCAUGGAUCACAAAGCUGCAAAGAAAUUUCGUCAACAAAUCAUGUUCAACAACGAAGAUGAUUUACAUUUUCCGACUCUUACUGUGAACCGAACGAUGAAAUUUGCUUUACGCAACAAAAUCCCUAGUCAGCGGCCAGAGCAGCUAGCGGAUCGCAAAACCUUUGUGACUGAAAAGCGGGAUGACAUUCUUGACUCUUUGGGAAUUGGGCACACCAAGAAAACUCUUGUUGGCAAUGAGUUUAUUCGUGGUGUUUCUGGGGGUGAAAGAAAACGUGUCUCCUUGGCCGAAGUCAUGGCUGGUCAGAGCCCAGUUCAAUUAUGGGAUAAUCCAACACGCGGCCUUGACUCCAAGGCAGCGGUUGAAUUUGCUCGAACGUUGCGGAGGGAAGCAGACGAGAAUGAGAAAACCAUGGUUUUGACGACCUACCAAGCGGGCAACGGCAUUUACGAUGAAUUCGAUAAAGUUCUUGUCCUAGCUGAUGGCUUGGUGAUUUACUACGGGCCCAGAAGCCUCGCAAAAGAGUACUUCGAAUCAUUAGGCUUUGACUGUCCUCGGGGCGCCAAUAUUGCGGACUUCCUGACCUCCGUCACUGUUCUCACGGAAAGAAUUGUUCGACCAGGAUGGGAAAACAAAGUGCCAAAUACCCCAGAGGAGCUUGAGGAGCGCUAUCACAAAAGUUCCAUCUAUCGCGAGCAGAUGGAUAGCAUGGAUUCCCCAGAGAAACUAAAGUACGAAGUUGACGAUCUUGAAGUCGCCGUAUCCAACGAAAAGGGGAAACAACAUAUUCCUCGGGAAAAUAGCGUCUACACUGCAGGCCUAUGGCAUCAAAUUAGCUCUUGCACCCUGCGACAGUUUCAGGUUAUGUGGGGAGAUAAAUUCUCCCUGAUUGUCAAGGUGUGCUCCGCGAUUAUCCAAGCUCUUGUGUGUGGAUCUCUCUUCUACAAUCUGCCUGAAGAUAGCACUUCGAUUUUCCUGCGGCCAGGUGUGCUCUUCUUCCCUGUACUCUACUUCCUUCUCGAGUCCAUGUCCGAGACUACUGCAUCAUUUAUGGGUCGCCCAAUCCUCUCUCGUCAAAAGCGAUUUGGCUUCUACCGCCCGACCGCAUUCUGCAUUGCCAACGCCAUCACAGAUAUCCCGGUGGUCGUGAUCCAAGUUACAUGUUUUUCUCUCAUUCUUUAUUUCAUGGCAGCUUUGCAAAUGAAUGCGGGUAGAUUCUUCACCUAUUGGAUAAUCCUGAUUGCGCAGACUCUAUGCUUCAUCCAGCUGUUCAGGGCCGUCGGUGCCGUCUGCAAAAGCUUUGGCAAUGCAUCUAAAAUCUCAGGACUUCUAUCCACUGUGUUCUUUGUCUAUGGAGGGUAUCUAAUCCCGUUCCAUAAAAUGCACGUCUGGUUCCGCUGGAUCUUUUAUUUAAACCCCGGGGCUUAUGCUUUUGAAGCGCUAAUGGCUAAUGAGUUUGUGGGUCGAGAAUUUGAGUGCAUCGAGCCAGAUUACAUCCCGUACGGUCACGGUUACCCAAGUACUGCCUCUCUGCAUCGAGGAUGCUCCGUUGUUGGAAGCAAUGAUCAAGGUAUAAUCGAUGGCGCUGCAUACAUUAAAGACCAGUACAACUAUUCUUUUCAUCAUAUUUGGCGCAGCUUCGGGGUUAUUGUCGGCUUCUGGCUAUUUUUCAUUUUUCUAACUUCGCUGGGCUUCGAGUUACGGAACACCCAAAGUGGUUCUUCGGUCUUACUUUACAAACGUGGAAGUGAAAAGAAACAGCGGCAUGAUGAGGAAAAGACAUUGGGUGGCGAAAAAUUGGGAGAGCUAAAUUUACUAACUGGCUCGGUCAAACAUUCCACGUUUACUUGGAACAACCUUGACUAUCAUGUCCCUUUCCAUGGAGAAAAGAAACAGCUUUUGAACAAGGUAUUUGGAUUUGUGAAGCCAGGGAGCCUUGUGGCCUUGAUGGGAGCCUCCGGGGCUGGAAAAACUACGCUUCUUGAUGUUCUAGCCCAGCGAAAAGAUGCUGGGGAGAUCUAUGGCUCGAUUUUGAUUGAUGGCCGUCCACAAGGCAUCAGUUUCCAGCGAACAACAGGUUAUUGUGAGCAGCUGGAUGUACAUGAGAAGACUGCAACAGUAAGAGAAGCUUUGAUUUUCUCUGCGCUUCUGCGCCAGCCUUCUUCUGUUUCACAUGAAGAAAAAAUUGCCUAUGUCGAUCAUAUCAUCAAUUUGCUUGAACUUGAGGACAUCAGCGACGCAUUGAUUGGCGUUCCCGGCGCUGGUCUGAGCAUUGAGCAACGGAAGCGAGUUACCUUGGGCGUUGAGCUCGUUGCCAAGCCUACACUACUGUUUUUGGACGAGCCUACAUCGGGACUUGACGGUCAAAGUGCAUACAACAUCGUGCGCUUUCUUCGAAAGCUUGUUGAUGGUGGUCAAGCUGUAUUGUGUACAAUUCAUCAACCUUCCGCAGUCCUCUUUGAUGCAUUUGACGGUCUAUUGCUUCUUGCAAAGGGUGGAAGGAUGACAUAUUUCGGAGAAACUGGCGAGGGCUCGGAGAAAAUUCUUGACUAUUUUGCACGCAAUGGAGCACCUUGUCCAGCAGAUGCCAACCCGGCAGAACAUAUCAUUGAAGUCGUACAAGGAAGUACGAAGGAAAAGGUCGACUGGGUUGAAGUGUGGAAUCAAUCGGAAGAACGCAAAAGGGCACUUGAAGAACUGGAGGCCCUGAAUGAGGCCGGCAGAGCAGAUACGGAUUACGUCGAGGAUACUUCCGAUUUUGCUACCUCCCACUGGUUUCAAUUCAAAAUGGUUUCCAAGCGCCUGACCAUUCAAAUAUGGAGAUCUCCGGAUUAUAUGUGGAAUAAAAUCAUCUUACAUAUUUUUGCAGCACUUUUCAGUGGUUUCACCUUUUGGAAAGUUGGAGAUGGCUCUUUCUCGCUUCAGCUACGACUCUUUGCCAUCUUCAAUUUUAUCUUUGUGGCUCCUGGUUGUAUCAACCAAAUGCAGCCUUUCUUCCUGCAAAACCGCGAUAUCUUUGAAACCCGCGAAAAGAAGUCGAAAACAUAUCACUGGAUUGCUUUUAUAGGAGCUCAGACGGUGACCGAGAUCCCCUACCUGAUCAUCUGUGCAACACUUUAUUUUCUUUGCUUCUAUUACACCGCCGGCCUUCAGACUCAGUCAAGUGUCUCGGGACACUUCUAUCUCCAGAUGAUUUUCUAUGAGUUUUUAUACACCUCAAUCGGGCAGGCAAUUGCUGCAUAUGCACCCAACGAGUAUUUUGCUGCAGUGAUGAAUCCAGUCCUUAUUGGAGCAGGCUUGAUCAGUUUCUGUGGUGUUGUUGUUCCAUACAGUCAGAUACAACCGUUCUGGCGCUACUGGAUGUACUACCUUGACCCCUUCACCUACCUGGUAGGCGGUCUCUUGGGUGAAGUUCUGUGGGAUGUCAAGGUGCAAUGCGAACCAUCCGAGUACAUUACCUUUAGUCCACCUUCUGGAGAGACUUGUGGUGAAUAUAUGGCCGACUUUCUCUCCUCACAAGCCGGUUAUCUACUUGAUGGAAACUCGACGCAGACUUGCUCUUUUUGUCAAUACUCUAUGGGUGCAGACUAUGCCAAGUCGUUCAAUCUCCGCGAGAAAUACUAUUCGUGGAGAGAUACUGGCAUUACUGCCCUAUUUUGCAUUUCAUCCUAUGCUUUGGUAUUCUUGAUGAUGAAACUCCGAAGCAAGAAGACCAAAAGCGCCCGGUCUGAGUGA